GAUUCACGGUCCAAGACCGGUCAUGAUAGGGAAAGACCGGAAGGCAAUAUGUUAUAAAUCCUAUGAAAAUUCGCUUCCUUCGCCAGUAUCAUCCCGGCAAUGAAUUACGAGAUUGCGCUAAUCCUUUGCUUUGUGUCGUCCGUCUUCUGCGUUUUUUCCAAAGAGCAAACCCAGGACUUGGACGCGCAAGAGACUUUAGGAUGGAUGCUGCUGCCGCACGGACCGUUUGCUCAGCACAGAAUCAAAAAGAAUCUGCAGUCACUUUCUUUGCUCGGCUACAGCCUUGGGCAUUACGGUUUCCGACCCUUAGGCUUGGGCCACUUCGGACCUUGGCACUACGGUGUGGGAGGUAAUUUUGGCAUGGAAUACGACGGAUACGGACAUUUCGGAGGAUACGGCUCUAUUGGACAAGGUUACAGAUAUUUGCCCAAAUUCGGCCACCCGUACGGCUAUUAUGGAGGAGAUUACGGCUACAAAUACUAGUAUUAUUGUUGAAAAA